GGUCAGCCCGAGACGAUGAGCCAGCCUCGGCCGGACGAGUUCCAGCCUCCUCCGGAGUGCCCGGUGUUCGAGCCCAGCUGGGAGGAAUUCAAGGACCCCUUCGCCUUCAUCAACAAGAUCCGUCCCAUCGCCGAGAAAACGGGCAUCUGCAAAGUCCGGCCGCCUCCGGGUUGGCAGCCUCCAUUUGCCUGUGAUGUGGACAGACUCCACUUUGUUCCUCGGAUCCAGAGGCUCAAUGAGCUGGAGGCUCAGACCAGAGUUAAGCUCAACUUCUUGGACCAGAUUGCCAAAUUUUGGGAUUUGCAGGGAUGUCCCCUGAAGAUUCCUCAUGUGGAGAGGAAGAUUUUGGAUCUGUAUAAACUAAACAAGCUGGUAGCAGACGAAGGUGGUUUCGAUCUCGUCUGUCAGGACAGGCAAUGGACUAAGAUUGCACAAACAAUGGGCUUCGCCCCUGGCAAAGCCAUCGGCUCACACCUGCGAGGUCAUUAUGAGAAGAUCCUCUAUCCCUACAAUCUGUUUCAGAGUGGAGCAAACCUGCUGUGUGUUCAGAAGCCUGUCCAGUCAGUGGCGAGCACAGGAAGCCUGGAGAGCGAGGACACCAAGGAGCCCAAGCUGCAGGACCCGGCUCAGAGGCCGACUGCCCAGACGCCCGACACAUGCCCCAGUGCUCGCAGAGCCAAGCGCAUGAAGUGUGAGGGCUUGUGUGUGAAGACUGAACCAGGAGAACCUGGAGAGAGCAAGCCCAACCUGAGGCGGAGGAUGGGUUCUUUCGUUGCCAAGCCUGAACCAGAAAAAGAAAUUCCCAUUCUUGUGAAAGUGGAACCAGUGGAAAUUAAAGAACCAAUAAUUGAAGCAGACAAAUCGAAAUCACGGUACAAGAAAUUCAUCCCCCCAGUUCCUCCGAGUCCAGUGGAUCUGGUUGUGUGUCUGGUGUGUGCCAGCGGGGGAGAUGAAGACCGUCUGUUGCUGUGUGACGGCUGUGACGGCAGCUAUCACACUUUCUGCCUGAUCCCUCCCCUGCACGACGUCCCCAAAGGAGACUGGAGGUGCCCCAAGUGUCUGGCUCAGGAAUGCAACAAACCUCAUGAGGCAUUUGGCUUUGAACAAGCGUACAGAGACUACUCCCUGCGUGCUUUUGGGCAAAUGGCAGAUGCUUUCAAAUCUGAUUACUUCAACAUGCCAGUUCAUAUGGUACCCACAGAGCUGGUUGAGAAGGAGUUCUGGCGUUUGGUCGGAGCCAUUGAAGAAGAUGUUACCGUGGAAUACGGAGCAGAUAUUGCCUCGAAGGACUUUGGGAGUGGAUUCCCAAUUCCCAAUGGAAAAUUAAAGCUUUCCCAAGCUGAUGAGAAAUACCUCAAGUGUGGCUGGAACCUCAACAACCUGGCGAUGAUGAACCCCUCUAUCCUGACUCAUGUGACUGCUGACAUCUGUGGGAUGACGCUGCCAUGGCUUUAUGUUGGCAUGUGCUUCUCCUCCUUCUGCUGGCACAUUGAAGAUCACUGGAGCUACUCCAUCAACUACCUGCACUGGGGAGAACCCAAAACCUGGUACGGAGCUCCUGGCUUUGCAGCAGAACAGCUGGAGGAAGUGAUGAAGAAACUGGCCCCGGAGCUUUUUGAGUCUCAGCCUGAUCUGCUGCACCAACUAGUCACCAUCAUGAACCCCAACACCCUGAUGGCCUAUGGAGUCCCAAUUUACAGAACAAAUCAGUGUGCUGGUGAAUUUGUCAUCACGUUUCCCAGAGCUUACCACAGUGGCUUCAAUCAGGGCUUCAACUUUGCUGAGGCAGUCAACUUCUGCACUGUGGAUUGGAUGCCUCUUGGCAGGCAGUGUGUGGACCACUAUCGAAUGCUGAACCGGUACAACGUGUUCUCCCAUGAUGAGAUGGUUUGCAACAUGGCCUCCAAAGCAGGAACACUUGACGUGGUCCUGGCCUCCGCCGUCCACAAGGACAUGGUCGUCAUGCUCCGAGAGGAGAAGGAAAUCAGAGGAAAAGUCAAGAAAAUGGGGCUGGUUCAUUGCAAGGAGGCAAGAUAUGACCACCUCCAGGAUGAUGAGCGACAGUGUGUCAAGUGCAGGACCACCUGCUACCUGUCUGCCAUCACCUGUCCCUGUAGCCCCGGGGCACUGGUCUGUCUGCACCACAUCAACGACCUGUGCUCCUGCCCCGUCUCCAACUACACACUGAAUUUCAGAUACACACUGGACAAGCUGUUCCCCAUGAUGAAUGCUGUGAAGCAGCGAUCUGAGCUGUACGACGAGUGGGCCUCCCGUGUGGCCGAGACUCUGGAGGCCAAACUGGAGAAGAAGAGAGGCCUGCCAGUCUUUCGCUCCCUUCUCACUGAAUCAGAGACCAGCAUGUUCCCCGAGAACGACCUGCUGCGUCGGCUGCGCCUGGUCACACAAGACGCAGAGAAGUGCUCCUCGGUGGCACAGCAGCUGCUGAACGGCAAGAGGCAAACCAGGUAUCGGUGCGGCAGUGGGAAAUCGAGGAGCCAGCUGACCGUGGAGGAGCUCAGUUCGUUUGUGAGGCAGCUGUACAACCUCUCCUGCUGCCUCCCUCAGGCUCCGAAGUUGAAGGUACUCUUGAACCGUAUCGAAGACUUUCAGCAGCACAGCGAGAAAGUCCUGGCAGACCAAGUUCCGAGCGUCGCUGAGAUCCAAAGCCUGCUGGACGUCAGCUUUGACUUUGACGUGGACCUGCCCGAGCUUCCUCUCCUCAGAGUGAGGCUGGAACAGGCUCGCUGGCUGGAGGCAGUGCAGCAGGCCAGCACCCAGCCCGCCUCCCUGACUCUGGAGACCAUGAGGAGGCUCAUCGACCAGGGAGUCGGCCUGUCGCCCCAUCCGUCCGUGGAGAAAGCCAUGGCUCGUCUUCAGGAGCUGCUCACGGUGUCUGAGCACUGGGAGGACAAGGCGAGCAGCCUCCUUAAAGCCAGACCACCACACUCCAUAGAGACCCUUAGUGCUGCUGCGGAGAAGGCGUCUGGUCUCACCGCUCACCUCCCAAGCUGUCUGCUCCUGAAGGACACCAUCAGAAAGGCCCAGGAGUGGAGUCAAGAGGCUGAGGAGCUUCAGGCCACUGGCUGCAUUCUGAUGGUGGACAGCCUCUCGGACAUGGUGCUACGGGGACACGCCAUCCAAGUCCACCUGGAGCCUUUGGACCAACUGGAGUCGUUAAUGGUAGAAGUGCAGGAAUGGAAAGAAUCUGCAACAACAACUUUUCUUCAGAGAGACUCGGCUCUUACUUUACUGGAGGUUCUGUCCCCAAGAUUAGACUUUGGAAAUAUUGGUUCUCCAAAGAGGAAGAUCAAGAAAGGCAAAGAGUCACCGAAAAGUAACAAAAAGAAAUCGCCAGGACUCAACUCUCUCACUGAUGUGGAAAGAGCGCUUUCAGAGCACAAGGAUUCUACCUCUGCAAUGGCAACUCUGGAGGAGCUGCAGGUGAGGGAGAUGGAGGCUUUCUCUAAUCUCAGGGCAGCAAAUGAGUCUAAGCUCCUUCCCACCGCAGACUGCAUGGACCUCAAGGUGUGUGUCUGUCAGAAGGCGCCCAUGGGUGCAAUGCUGCAGUGUGAACUCUGCAGGGAUGCCUUCCACAGUGUGUGCGUCAGGGACACAUCGGACCCCUGCAAAACAGAACCGUGGCUCUGUCCGCAGUGCCAGCGAGCGGAAAAACCCUCCUUGAACAAAGUCCUCUCCCUGCAGUCCUCUCUGCGGCGCAUAGGGGUGCGCCUGCCGGAGGGCGACGCUCUGCACCAUGUGGUUGAGAGGACACUUAACUGGCAGCACGAAGCACAACAGGUUGCAAAGAUGUGUAACCUACCGGAGCUGGAAGAAAGACCAGGGACUCCCCCCACCCUCACCAGCUGGGUGUCAGGCAGCCAUGAAACUCACGACAACACUCAGGCGCCCUCCCUGACUCCAGAGUGGAACAGGACAAGCCAUGCUCAGACUGUCUUUUACACCGAGCAGAGAUGUAUACCGCUGCAGGGCUUGAGUCGGGAGCUGGAGGAGCUGAUGGUGGAGGGGCUCCUGCUGCCAGUGUCUCUGCCGGAGGUCCAGAGCCUCUACCUCACGUUACUGGACCGAGCCACCAGCCAGGAAACAAACAGAUGCACGUUGCCUCCACAGGACGAGGCCGCAGACACUGACGUACACACGCAGUUUAACUCUCAGGGAAAAAAUCUGCCACUGAACCAGGAGGAUGUCAACGCCAUGAGGGACAUUAAGACCGACUCAGAAAAGAAAGUGAAGCGGCAUUUGGACGACAAAAAACAUUCUCACAAAAGACAGAAGAUAAAUAAGAAGAAUCUGCAGCGCCGAACAGCGUCGACCUCGUCCUCCCCGCGCUCCGAUUUCUCCCAGUCGGACGAAUCUGAUGAGGAAAUGGCCGUGUGUCCAGCAGAGAGGUGUCAGCUGCCAGAGGGAGAUGAGGUGAACUGGGUCCAGUGUGACGGCAGCUGUAACCAGUGGUUCCACCAGGUCUGCGUCGGCGUUACAGAGGAGAUGGCGGAGAAGGAGGACUACAUAUGUGUCAGCUGUACGCUGGGCGACGGACACACGAGAAAAUGAAGAGAAAGAGGAGGUGUCGGUGAAGGAUGAUGUCUGGAGAAGGGCCGUCUGUCAUCAGCCUGAUAUCGGAGCCACCAGGCUGGCUGUGUCACUUGACCCCUCAC